CUGGGGAUGUGAGAGAGCCCGACGAGAUGGAGACCUUCAUCCAUCUUUAUCUGAAUGAUCUCGGGAGUCACGCCAAGAUGUGACUGUCACGGCGCGUCAUAGUUUGGAGGCUCUACAAUACUUGUUUCCAUAGCAACAGAAAUAUCAGAAUAUCCAAAUAAGUCCCAUUCCCACAAUGCAGUCCUCUCAGCCGCCGAAACCGCGGCGCUUUGACGUCAGCAGACGGACCAAUAACUUAGCUGCACCAAAGUCUCACGGCCCUGGAUUUCAGAGGGAGGAUAAAAACAUGAACACAAUCACCACGCCGUCCCCACGCCGGGCCACCAAGGGCCCUACCGCUCCCUCCAGGACCCGAGUGGGCGUACAGCCUCGAGCUCCAGUAAGCCAGUCCAGGUUAAGCUCACAGAAACAGGGUUCUACUGUCUCUAAACCAGCUAAACCCAAACCCAAGAAUGGCCGUGCAUCUGCAGCAACCCAAAUUGUACCUGCAGCGGAUCCGCCUCCUCCGCUUCCCUCGGUUCUUCCCGUUGACCCGAACUGCAACGAGCCGAGCCUCCCGUGUCUAUGCUGUGAUGGCCGAUCCCCACAGGACAACAACAGCAUGUUCAACCACAACCACAACAACAACAACACCGUCUCCCUCAGACAUCAACUGCAGCUACCGCCUCCACCGGCCCCGAUGCCCCUGAGGCAGGAUGGGACUGGGGCCAAGGAGCAGGCACAGGCAAAGGCCCAGAUGGAGAUUUCUGCCUGCCCUGCUGCCAGUCUGGAAAAUGAAGAGAAGAUUUCAGAUGAAAACACUGAAGUAGACAAUAAGAAAAAUGCAAAGGUGGAGGAAGAUGAUGAGGAAGAGAGCAGCGGGGAUAUUGAGAUUGACGAUGAAGAGGAAGAUAACGAUGACGAUGACGAUGAAGAUGAUGACACCCUGGUCCCCUCGUGCUGCGACUGUCCCCCCUCCCUCCUGGAGUUCUCGCUCUCCUCUUCUACCUCCUCUUCCUCCACUUCCAUCAGCUCCUGUUCUGAUCUGGAGUCUGACUGUGCCGAUCAAUCUGCCUCCAUCUGCUCUUCCCAAGAUCAAGACAAUCUGUCCGUCUCUCUUUCCUCCAAAGACCACUCUCUCCCACAAGGCCCUGAUAGCAAGCCUCCUGCUCGCUCACCUCCAUCCCUUCCUCUGAACCGAAAUCCCUUCUGUUUAACAUCUCAUUCCCCGAGUCCACCUUGCUCCCCAGAUGAGGGUUACCCUUCUGCGCUUGACUCACCUUCCCCUGACUACUUAGGAGUCAAAGAUGAUUCUGAGGUCACCAAAUUAGGCUUGCUUGACUUCCUAGAAUCGGUCGGAGAAUUUGGGAAAAUGGAGCGGUUCAGCCAGGUGAUCCAAGUGGCUCGCUGGGAUCUGGACGGGGAACAGCACUGGGAUGUUCUGCGGGAUCGCUUAGAUCACCUGGAUCGUUUGGAAAAGGUGAACAGGGAAGUAAAACUGGCCUACAUCGCCAGACUCCACGAGAAGGGACUUGAUCUUGGAGAUCUGGAUGAGCAGGACCUUUCGGAUGUCAUGGAUGAAAUGGGCAACAUUGACAUUCCCUGGAAGCUGUAUAAAACACACGAUGAAACGAUGGGAGAAUCUCAGGAGUUUUCAGAUGCUGGGGUCGACUUAACCGCUCCGUCAGACUGUGAAGAUCCCCUCGUUCCAGAUUCCCUCACACCUUCCCCUGUUGAGCCGCCACCUAGACCCCCAAAACCUCCAGCGCGACAUGCCAGCGUGAGCUCAGACCUCCACACCUACAUAAAUAUCAGCAGAGAGACCACCUCCAUGGCUGUUUCCACCUCUCCUACAUUGUCUACCUUCUCACCUAACUCCUCAUCCCCUACAUUCACCACUUUUAGGUGUGAGAAAUCCCUACCUUCAUCUCCACCAUCCAUUCCUCCUCUCCCUGCUUCUAAGCCAGUUCCUUACCUCACUCUCUAUACCACCCCUUCUCCACCUCCCUCUAUCCCCACCCCAACACCUCCUAUCCCUCCACCUCGAAAGCGACACCUCGCACGGAAGGAAGCGCAGCGCCUCGCUGCUCUUCAAGCCGAACAGGAAAAGACCCCCAUGUCCCUCCCGCCACCUACCACCCGGCCCCCACCUCUCCCUCCUCCACCUGUUAUCUCAGUCUCCUCUUCCUCUCCUCCUGCCAUACCACCUCCACCUACGCUGCCUCCUCCGCCAUCCUUCCACGCAUUGGAUGUAGAGAUUCGGAAACUGCUCAUGCUUGCUGGACUGACCCAAGCCGAGCUCCUCAAGCUCAGCCCUGAGCUUGGCGUCUGUGUCGGGGGGUUAGAAGACGAGGGAGAUGGAGAUAAUUUCAUGAAACCUAAAUCUCUGGAGUCACAAGAGUUCAGUCUGCGGUACAGAGAAGAGGAAAGUGAGCCUGACACACAGCUGGUGGCCAGAGAUCAAUGGAUUGGCACUGAAAAGUUGGAGGGAGAUCAAAAAGCAGAUAUAGCUGAAGAAGGCAAAAAGAAAGAGGAGGGCAGAGACACACAGAGAACGACGUCAUUUACUGAGAUGGCAAGGAGAAGGAAGAAAAACACCGGCUUGGCAUUUGACCAGUACUACAGUUUAAGCAAUACACAUGAAGAUAAAGCAAAGAAUGUGAGCUUUGGGGCUUCCCGUUAUUCUGCUGAGCCACCAGAGUCACCGCCGCCUCCUCCUCCCCCUCGCCCUCUGCCACCCAUUCCUCCAUCUUUGCCAUCCCUCAAAGUCAGCACUCUGCCCGCCAACUCUGAACAACCUGAGCGUUUUGAUUGGCUGAUAGCAUUCACACCUGAGUGUGAAGCCCCACCACAGCUGCCACCCAUAGAAAAGAGAAAGGCCUACGUGGAAACCCAAAAGAAGCCCAAUUCGUCAGGUACCUCGCCAGGGUCAGCUCCAAAGGUCACAACCUUUAAAGAGUUGCGUUUCCGCAACAAGAGCGCCUCUCCUCCGACUAAGGUGAUCACUGAGCCCGAUCCUGACCCCACAAUAAUCACUCCAGAUCCAGAUAUACUCUACAAUUUAAAGUGGAGGAAACAGAAGGAGGGAAGUGAUGGCAACCAGUGGGAGUACACCUCUCAGGCUCAGGCCCUAUUCAUGCAGCCGCCGCCAGCCCUCACCUCAAUGGCUGCUCUGCAGGAAAUGCUCCAGAGAGCUGAUAAGGAGGGGGGGCAACUAGAGUUGUGCCCAUCACAGAAGAUUGGCUGCUCAGUCAGUGACAACAGCCUGUGGACCUUGGACAGAGAGUGGGAGGGGGAAGAAAUUAAGAAGGAAGAAAAACAAGGGAAGGACAAACAAAAGGAGGAGGUGGAGGUGAGAGGACAAGCUGAUGGAGGACGGACUUUUGAAUCAAGAACUUCAGCUGUUCGCAGCGUCUCAUUCGCUGGCUCUGUGCUGAAGACAGACACACCCUGGAUGGGCGAGGAUGUGAAGCAUCCAAUGAGAGGUCUUGGCCUAUCCUCUCUGUGCCUACAGGAAAAGAAAGCCCUGGUAGGUGCAGUUAGUGUGGCAGUGGAAGCCAUAUUGGCCCAGUUCAGUUCUUCAAGGACUGUGGUUCAGAAGGCCUUAUCAGGAGACAGCGCUAUAAAUCCAUCACUGGGCCGUCUGGUGCUGCAGUGCCUCUGCCCCGCCCUCCACAGCUUGCUGACUGAUGGCUUGAAACCUUACCAGAGUGACCUGAUUGCAGGCAGGAGGCCAAACUCCGCUUGGAGUCUGGUCCAGGCUUCAACCAGGGCAGGUCCUAAAACUCACGCCUUGUUCAAUCUGCAAGUUCGAGUUGGAGAACUACCCCAGCUCAGACAGAGCAAACACAGGUUCAACGCAUUCCUCCUCGGCCUACUGAACACCAAGCUUCUUGACUUCUGGCUGUCUUACCUUCAGUCUUGCAGUGAUGUGCUGGAGACCUAUUACCACCCCACCUCUUUUAUGCGUCUGUCGCAGACCGCCUGCCAGCCUCUGUUUGAGGAGCUGCUCCUUGUGUUGCAGCCUCUGAGCCUGCUCACCUUCAACCUCGACCUGCUCUUCCAGCACCACCAUUUAGAGCCAGAGAGUCACAGGCCAGAGAUCCCCAGCCCUCCCUUUCCGGAUCCGGGAUCCCAGCUUUCAACAAAGGAGACAGCAAUAAAUGGGUCUCAAUCCAAAACUCCAGACAGCAGAUACAGUGAAAGCCUCUCAGAAGUAGACUUUGGAAGCCCAGAUCAUCAGGCAGCUAAAGAUGCUAAAUCAUCACCUGUGACUAAUUCAGAAAACGGAGGAUCGGGAGCGUCAACAGAUACCAGUUUUGGACCCAUAAAGGCUUCAGUCACUCAGGAGGAGACGAGUCCUCAACUGUUGUGGGUCCAGGAAAAAGAAAUUGAAGAUUUGCCUCCUCCUAAUGUUGAGGAAGACAGCCUCGCUCAGCAGGCAGGACAGGUAAUUCAACAGGGAUGGGGUGCUGUUGUGCGCUGGGGAGGCCGACUAAGUCAGAACCUGGCUGAGUUGAGCCUCUCUGCAGUGAAGAAGGAUGAGAUGAACACAGAUCUGCCAGAUCUCCAGGCUCAGGCAGGAAGCGACUACACUCCAGUCAGCGGUGGUACUCAGGUUCCCUGGGGUCUGAGCCGGCUCUUUGGAGCCUCCAAAACUCCCACCAGCCCGACAGGUCACACACAACCAACCAGACGUCCCUCUCAGUGGUUUGCACCUGGUGUCACUGCACUGACCCGAAUGGUGAGCAGCAGCUCCACACCAAUGCCGAGAAGGAUCCCCGAGACUCUGGGAGAGACCGGAUCAGAGUCCGAGGAAGAUGUCGACACACUGGAGAUGAAGGACAAACCCAGACCACUCAGGUCAGUGCGAACGCUGUGUGACCACGCUGGAUCCGGUUCCGAGCUCAGCUUCCACAAAGGGGAGGAGCUCGUGGUGUUAGGAGGCGUCGAUCAAGACUGGAUUCGCUGUCGUCAGGGAGACAAAGAGGGGCUGGUACCUAUUGGCUACACCUCUCUCAUCAUGUGACCAUAACUGCUGCACUUAAUCAACACUAAAAAAAUCAAUAAAUAAUUAUAAAGUAUAUAUAUAUAUUUUAGGUGAGUAUUGAGAGGUUAUGGUAAGGCUGCACUACUCUGAAAGGGAUAUUUCACACAGGCUCGGUUACAGUUUGAGUUAAGGGCAUAACACCAUCUGUUGUGCUUUAUGUGCAUCAGAGGCAAUCUGCAGCCCCCCCCCUCCUGUUAUGAACAUAUUGGAGCUUUUCCCAUCACAAUCAUUUCAGUUUGGUAGCGUUCAACUAAUAGAUUUUAGCAGCAGGAAUUGAGCAGAUGGUGCGAAAUAAUGACUCGACUCAAACUUGGAUCAUUUCAAACCAGAAGACCUUUGAUCCUCGAGUGAAUUAUCCCUUCAAAUGCCUUUUUUCUCCAUUUCCGUCUUGCUUGCCGGCCGCUGAUCUGAAAGCGAUUGCCAAAAUUCUUUGCAGUCUGUCACACUCGAGUGCGUUCAAAUCAGCGGCUAUCUGUCGCGAGGAGGCGGCGGUCGACAGCCUGGCUGCAGGUCGUCGAGUGGGGAAAGCAUGUUAGAGUAGUGGGCCGUAGCUCCUGUUGCAUACUGCGUAGUAAUGUAGUGAACUGUAGCUGUGUAGACCCGUUCUAUUGACCUUUCACCCUUAUUGACCUCUCAUCUUUCUCACCUGGUUUAUGUGUGUUUGACAUGUUUCUGCUACUGUAUUUGACUGUAUAAAUAUACAUAUAAAAAUAUAUAUAUAUAAAUAUAUAGCUAUAUAAAACGAGAUUGAUAUUACCAAGAUAGAUAGAAAGGUAGAUAAAUAUGAGAAAGCAGCAGCUUAAGGCUGCAGCCGUAUUGAUGGAGUGAUUAUUCAUCUUUACAUUUGCAACAACAUGAAGCGGAUGUCAUACAUGCAAAAACAAAUGAAUAUGUGUUUAUUUUAAGUAUGCAAUCCAGUAUCUUCCCUAUUGUGCGCUUUAUGUAUUGCCAUUGUCAUCAUAUUCAUAACAUGAUUAGAUUUAGCUCAUACCUUUUAAACUCUGUAUGCACUGUAAUGUACCACAAAUGCUCUGAAUGAAAACAUCUUAGAUAUCCCACAAAGUUAUAGACGACAGCGACCUGUAGCCAGAAUCUCACAGAGCCUCCGUGGGUUUUAGCAAAAACCCUCACAAAAGUCUGCCCCGCUCUUUCUCGGCACUGUCUGAAUUUCAAAUGAACGCAGUGAGAUGUGAUGUCGAUUCAUAAAUGCUACAAGUCUGUAGGUUUGGUGGCUGGUCUUCACCUCGUACCUCAGCUUUUGUAUUUAUCUCAACCCCAUGUUUGCCGAUCAUAAUCAUUGAUAUUAAUGGUAGUGGUAGCGGUGGAAGUGAUUUGUUUGUUUUGUUGUUGCUUAAAUGAAAAGAAAAAAAACUGUUGUUUUGUGUCACAUAAUUAUUAGUUAUCUGUAUCUAUGACUAUGCAUAUAUUUAAAUGUGCAACUAGAAAUGUGUUUAGUUUGUUAUAAAGUCGAUUUUAAUUUGAUGUUAUCAUGCAAGAGGAAAUCUGAAGCAUAAAAUGAUAAAUGCUUAAAUUAAAAAAAGAAGAAAUCGAAAAUAAAGGAGCGCGAUUUAUAAGCGGGCAGGAAAGGCUAACGCUAAAGGACCUCUAUUCAAUCAGCAGGAAAGUUCCAUUGCUAUUGAUCAAUCAGGGAAAAGAUCAGUUCUGCAGAGUUUCAGUGUAGCAUGCGAUUACUGGCAACAGUCCAGUAGCAUUAACUUAAACCAGUGUCAUAACUCAUUAUCAGGAAAAAAAAAAAAUGCCAACGCAAGUGAUUAAAAGAAAUAAAAGAAACAAAGUCUAGAUACAGAUAAAAUAUCAGUAGACACGUUUAGUUUGUUUCUUUCCGAUGUGAGAUUACAAAUGCAUUUGUUUAAAAGCUAUUUAUUUAUGGGAUGUAUUAUUUAUUGAUCUUGAGGUUUCUGAAAGGAAUAGCUCGCUAAUUAUCCGGGUUCUUCGUGUGCGAAAAUGCACGCAUGGCCGUGUGUGUGUGCGUGUAUAUGAAGUGAAAGCAGAGAUGAGCGCGAGCACUUCUGUGUGUCAGCACAUCCUGCACUUUCACUUGUGUGUGUGAGUGAGUUAGUUCUGUUCCUCCCUCUCCUCCUCUCUGGUGUCAUGUAGCCUGUAGACAUCCCGUUGUCCUACUGUUGCGUAUAGUUGAGUGCCCCUCUAGUGUCAGUCACUGUUCAGCUCCUGCAUGUGCUUGUUUGUAAAUACACCAAAUAAAAUAUGUAUAAACCAAA